AGAAAGGACAGUAGGAGAGAGUUAAUGAGAAAGUAAAAAAAGAAAAACAGAAAAGAGCUGUUAAGAUACAACGAAAUCUUUAACCAGCUUAAGGAUCUCAUCCCCAUUGAUUAUUGAACAGAAACUCAAAACCACAUCUUCUAGUUUUACGAAAAAAAUCGUGAGGGCAUAAAUUGGCACACAUUUACUAAACAUAGGAGAAAAAUAAAAGAAGAGAACAAAAAAAAUAGGAACCACGUUCAUCCCACGGAUUCUUCGGAGUUUCCGAACACAAACAAUUCCAAAGAUAUAUAUACCCAAACAAUCUCAAAAAUCAAAACCCCCCACAACAUAUAUACCUCUUUCCCUUCCAAAAGCAAAAACCAAAAACAAUUUCCCUUUUCUUAAAAAAAAAACUAUCUUCAAUCUGUGUUUCAUCAUAAUCUUGUUGCUAUUGUUAUUGUUAACAAAGCAACAAUCAUAAUGCAAAGUGGAAUUAACCGCCAACAUUCUCUGAGGGAAAAGUUAAAAUCUUCCAUGUGUUGUUUCUCAGGAACAUCGCACAAUGAUUCCCUAGAACACGGAGAAGGGUUUUACAGCAAAUUUCAUAUACCUAGGACGCCAAUUUCUCCGGCUGGCUCCACCUCAUCUUUUUCGUGGUUCAAACUAAAGUCACCCACAACCACUGAUUUCGGGAAUGACCCGCAUUCACGUGUCAGGGGACGGAGUCUGAAGUCCCGCAUGAGUCGGAAGAUCCUCCAUAACCGCCAGUCACAGUCCGCGGACUUUAGCUACGACCCUUCCAGCUACGCCCUCAACUUCGAGAGCGAAAGCCCCGAAGAGUUUCCCUUCAGAAACUUCAGCUCCCGGUUGCCGCCGUCUCCGCCGGUGGAAUAUUCCGGCCACUGAUUAAUGAUUUAAUGUUGUGAUUAAUUGAUGGAUUAAUUGGUUUGGCGGGGAUUAGCGAGGUAAAAGGUUGGAAUGAAAACGGAAAAUGUUAAUGGUUUUGUGGUGAAUUGUGAAGGUUGUGGUGUUGUGUGGCGAAAUAUGGGUGGAGACUACUUCCCCUUGUAUACAAGACAUUUAUUCUUAUAUAUAAUUA